AGUCUGAAUUUCGCGGGUGCAGUAUCUUCUCGGCACCUUACAGCGCACGGUCAAUCGUGAAAUUAUUUGUGCGUGCGUAAUUAAUAAUUUAAGAGACGCGUGCGAUGCGUCACAUAUUGUGCAAGCGGUAAAAAAAAUGACACGUUGGCACAGUUGCUGCAGUCAAACCAACGGGAAGAGAUGAAAAUAGUGGUCUUCUCGGCCAAGGAGGGCUCUGCCGACGACAACGCGAGCUGUUCCGAGAACAGCUCGAGCACACGGACCCUCGGCUCUCCGUCCGUCCCGAACCAGACCGCCACCGUCCAGUUCUUCGAGCCGACGGACGGGCUGAAGUGCGCUACACCCCCAGGACCCUCAACAACCGGGCCGGGGCAGGCAUGUACACGCGAACAAGCCCAGGCAAAAAGAAGGCUGGAGCUGGAAGUUGGUGACCCCCAAGAUGGUGGCAAGACCCCCAAAGCUAGGAAGCCUGUGGCCUCUCAGUCCCACACAGGAGAACAGACUCCCGCCCCCAAUCCCACGAAGUACACUUCCGCGGUUGAGAGGUCACGGUACGACACCUCGCUCACUUUCCUGACACGGAGGUUUGCAGAACUGGUGAACCACUCCACCGAUGGCGUGUUUGACCUAAACCUCAUCGCCCUUCAGCUCAAUGCCCCCAAAAGGCGUGUCUAUGAUGUCACCAAUGUCCUUGAGGGGAUCAAGCUCAUCAAAAAGAAGUCCAAAAACAACAUUGAAUGGUUGGGAGGUCCUGUGACUGUCGAACAAACUCAAGAACUGUGCCCUCUCAUCGAGGCGGAGAAGAAGCUGGACGAGCUGAUUCAAAGCUGCACGCGGCAGAUUUACCAGAUUUGCGAGGACCAGAGAUAUGCUUAUCUGACAUAUGAGGAUAUUCAGAGGAUCCCCAGUCUGAAAGAACAGACUGUGAUAGUGAUCAAAGCCCCUGCGGAGACAAAGCUGGAGGUCCCACACCCUGAGGAGAGCCUCCAGGUCCACCUCAGGAGCACCCAGGGGCCCAUCGAGGUGUUGAUCUGUUCCGAUGACCCCAGCCCCACAGGUGCCUCUGUGGCCAAUGGCGGCCACUUGAAUUUGUCCGCCAAUGGGAAGGACUCAGUCCCAGUCUCGCCUUACUCGUCCUUCGUCCGGGCGUCUUCUAAAGACGAUGCUAACAAUACCUCCGGAUUCAAUAGUGUCUGCAACCCACUGUCCAAUCCGACACAACAUUCAUCACCGGUCACUGUUGCCCCCGUCUCCCCUAUGCACACCUCCCUCACCUCCCUCCAACCCCCCUCCGAAGACCAACAGAGCUUUGUCGCCCUCUCGUCGCCCCUCGCCUUCUCUUUCGAUGGGGAGCAGUACCUCGUGAGCCUGGCUGAAGACGAGGGCAUCACUGACCUCUUCUCCUCUGUUGACCUGGAGCAAUUGUCAGUGGACAUGCCCCCUGUCUGAAAAAAACUAAAUCAUUUUGGAGGCAAUGGUCAUCUCACACAAACUGGAUAUCACAGAGAAUUUCAAUAAAACAGCAAAGCCUUUCCCCCCAGUAUAUAUAUCCACUUUUGCCUAUCUUGGACAAUGUACUGAUUCACUCACACUCAGGUAUGUGAAGGAGGCGUUAAUCCAAAACCAUCACAUUGAACGUUAGCGAUGAUGAUGUAACGACCAGAUAUUUCUGAAUACCAGGCCAGAUCUAUUAAUAACUUCUUCAUUGUGGGCUUGGGCUUGAAAGAAACUAUGCAUCAUAGUUUGAAUUGUGAACAUGAAGGACCCUCAUGACAGGAGAUACAUUUGUCCGUUUGGCAUUUUGAUUGAGACUUUGCUGCUUGUGUUGGACUUUUGGAAACUGCGGACGGUGGGUUUUGCCCACUACAACUAUCUGUUCAAUAAUUGUGUUUUUGUUUUUUUGUUUUUUCUAAUUCCCUGAGUUUGAGUUCCCUUAGUCACUCAGCCGCCGAAGAUCAAUAUUACAAAAUGUAAUUUCUGUACCUCCUCGUCACAGAGGGUUGGUCCCUCAUCACCAUGCACUGACAUGGAAAUAACCCACAUGCCUUGUGUUGCCUAAACCACUUGGAACUGAGCAUGUCUGAACCACUUCAAUGGUAUUGGAUACACAGAAAUUUUAUAAUAAAACUGACAAGGAAGCUUGUUUAAAAUUUAAAGGGGAUCAGUCGAAGCGUUGCUGAUACUUGAUUCAAAAUAAUGGAUUGGUGCCUUCCUGUCUGCUAUGCAAGAGAAACUACACCAUAGCUCAGUCUCCGUCUGGCUUCGCAGUUUUCUCAGGGCUCUGGGAAGUUUCCUCUAGAAGUGCAAUUUUAUAUACGAUCCACUCAAAAUCUUCAUGGCGUUUCCCAAAGUUCAACAUUAUACCUUUAAAAGUUCCUGAACUGAAAUCUGUGCUCUGUUGAGAACAUUGUUUCAAUGCUCCUUUUUUUUCUGAGCAACGAAGAACCUCAUAGCUGUCCUCAUUUCUCUGAGCGCGUUUUUGAGCCGACAAACACGUCGGCAAGUAAUUUUCUCAGGUGCCGUAAGCAUCAUCGCCAGCGUCAUCGACCUUGUUGCCGUUUAGACACAUGGACAUUAUCUAUCGACCACUCGCAAGCGCCUCUGAAAGCUUUGACUUGGCUGAGAGAUCUCAAGCUUUUCCGCACAAAUACCUGCCCUUGAUGGCAGAGAACGCCGCUCUUGCGUUGUUGCUGUAAUGUUAAGUGUCAUCAACCUUGGGGAGUGAAAGGCUUCUGUUGAAGAAGGAGGGAUCGAGCAUCUCCUCAGAGUGCUGCUCAAAACUUGGUCAGAAUCUCGAGUUUUCUGAUAUGACGCGGUUGUUUUUAUAACUAUAAUCCUGGAAACCCAUAUACUAUAAGUUUGUAUAGUGCCAAACAAUAGUUGUAGACCUGGACUCAUUAGUCUAUCAACAAAAAAUGUAUCUUCAACAAUUUAAAUUUCAUUUGAAUCCUUUUUUUAAACCCAAAAUACCAAAUAUUUACUGCUUCCAGCUUCCUUGCAUAUAUUUGUUUUAGGUCAUACAUGACAAAUAUCAGAAAACAAAACAAUUUAUCAACCAAACAAAACCAAAAAAACACAAUGAAUUCACAAUGAAAAUAGAAAUCAAAGCUGGAUGAAGAAAAGUUUCAUCUACACUAUGGUCUGUUUUUCAACUUUUAAUUUUUCCCACUCACACACCAGGGUUUGUCUGUCGGGAAAGAUGGAGUUUGGGAACUAUACAUAGCCCUGAGACACUAGACUGUUUGUGGUUAGAGGGGUUUGGGAGUAAUGUUACUGUGAAAACUAAUACAUGACAGUUUUGAGCAUUCUUGAAAACUUGACACUAUGUUUUUUUUAUUAUCAGCUCCACGUCAUGCUUUUUCUUAUUUCCAGUUUUCCCCCUCGGUUGAUGACCAGUUUGUGUCACGAGUACUGUUCAUCUAAGUUUGCCUAAAACCCUUGGGGGGGAUGUGAUUCAAUUUCUCAGUUCUGCUGGAAUGAAAAACUUAUUUUGUCAAACUGAAAUAAAUGCCUGGUUGAAUCAG